AUGCGCCUGCUCUGGCUAAGCCGAAAACCUGUCGCUCGUAUAAAUCGGCUCGAUACACUGGUUGCCGACAACAGUAUCACCAGGGCUAUCGAAAGCACCUUCGACUCAGCUCUUGUCAUUCGGCAAGAUCUGCACCGCGCAAUCAGACAGCACCACGAGCAUUCGGAGGAUUAUUUGGAGACCCAUGCCUAG